AUGGCGGCAACACUUUUAUCACUAUUGGGGCUGGUAUCACCUCCGGAUACCUGCCCAAUCACACAAAACAAUUUCUAUCCCACUUGUAGUGAUUAUUUGAGUAGAACCUAUGAUUUUAUUAUUGUUGGUGGUGGUACUGCCGGUUGUGUACUCGCGAAUCGUCUAACUGAAGACCCGGGAAUUCAAGUUUUGCUUCUGGAAGAUGGGGAUUACCCUUCGAGGGAAACAGAAAUUCCAUUGAAUUUUAUAUUUUUACAAGAAACCGAUGAAGAUUGGGCUUUCAAAGCUGAACAACCUGGUUAUUUCAAAGGGGAAGCCUAUCAGGUGAACCCAUGGCCGCAGGGACACGCCCUAGGUGGUAGUAGUAGUAUCAACGCAAUGAUUUACGCACCAGGUUUCCCAGUUGAUUAUGAUUACUGGGCGGAGCUCACCCAGGACCCAAUCUGGUCCUGGGAUAACAUGCAAUUCUCUUUUGACAGACUCCAUGAGAAUGUUAAAACAACCCAGUAUAGAAGUUAUGUCACAGCGAGGACAUUAAUAGGUCUAGGAGCUUUGGAACUUGGAAUACCGGUUAAUGAAGAUGAUAUGUUUGGUUAUAAUGACCACCCGACUACUAUCUAUGAAGAUACAAGAUUCUCCAUGGCCGAAGCUUACCUUAGACCUAUAAAAGAUAAGAAAAAUCUUUGUGUGAUGGUCAAACGUAGAGUGAACAAGAUUAUAAUUGAAGGUACCACUGCUGUUGGGGUAGAAGUACAAGAUCCCAAAGGUGUGGUGGUGAUUAAACCAAAACGGGAGAUUAUUAUCACAGCUGGUGCUAUAAACUCUCCGAAAUUAUUGAUGUUGAGCGGGAUAGGUCCCCAGGACCAUUUGAAGGAACUUGGUAUUCCUGUUUAUGCUGACCUACCAGUUGGGAAAUAUUUAGAGGAUCAUUUAAUUGUUCCUAUCAUAGCUACCAUUUUUGAUAUUCCUAUGCCUCCGUAUAAUAUCAUGAGAGAUGCGUUUUGUGCAACUGGUACCCUUUUGAACAACAUUGAAUUGGCGAAUUUUAUCGGUUUCUUCAACACUAAAGGAAAAAGAGAUAAACCUGAUAUUGAAUUUAUUCAUUUUGAGUUCCUCACGCAGGAUCCAACUUUCCUGGAGGCUUUCUUUGAGAAAUUUGGAAUUAUUGAAGAGUUUGCUAGUCAACUUCGUGAGGCUAAUCAAUUGCAUAGUCUUAUAUUGUUUUUGCCUACAUUGUUACACCCUGUAUCACGUGGAGAAAUGUUUCUUCAAGAUUUAGACCCGAAAACACCCCCUAGAUUAUUCCCGCAUUAUUUUGACGAAGGUGAUGAUGCUCAGGUGGUUAUUGAUUCGAUCAAUCAGAUCGUUAAACCUUUAUUAUCUACUACUCCAUUUAUUGCAAGUGAUUUGUUUCGGUUUGAAAUUCCGGAAUGUGAUGAGUUCGAAUACGAGUCCGAUAAGUAUUGGAGGUGUUAUUUUACGUAUCUGGCAGGGACUAUUUAUCACCCUGCAGGGACGUGUAGGAUGGGUUUUGAUAGAGCUACGUCAGUGGUGGAUUCCAGAUUAAGGGUGUGGGGGAUAAAGAAUUUAAGGGUUGCUGAUUCCAGUACUAUUCCUGCUUUGGUCAGUGGGCAUAGUAAUUUGCCUACUUGUGCAUUGGCUGAGAAUGCUGCUGAUAUUAUUAAAGUAGAUAAUGAUAUUUAA